UAUCUUAAGAUCCAAACGCGAACCUUUCGUUACCAUUCUUUCGUUUUUGGCUUGCCGUUUUCUUUCAAUUCCAGAAGCAGUAGUGGAGACCCUUUCCCCCUUAAACAUUGUUUAUUAGGUUAGAUUUAUCUAAAUCUUCUCUCGCGUAGGAAAGGCGAUGUGAAUUGUUUGAACUGGAAUACGAUUAUCGACUUGACGGGGUAAGCUUAUUGGUUUUAUCAGUGUGUACAAGAUGGGUAAAUGCAAGGGUUGUGGGAAAUUAGGAAGGAUGCUGGUGAAGGAUGGACCUACAAAGUCUUACCGUUCUGCUCUUCUAUGUUCCCCUGUUGUUUCUGUUUGGGAUUGCAUUGUCCGUAAGAUGAGAUAUUCCUACAGACCUGAGUGGGUGUAGUCUUGGUGUUGUAUAAUUAUAUUAGUUCUCAGUAAGAGAAUUAAUUAGAAAUAGGUAGCUUCUGAAGUUUUUUAGUGAUAAAAAGGAAAAACAACAGUUUUAUAGGGAAAAAUAUACGUUUUGGGGAACCUUUUUUAAAGAGAAAAAAGUCCAAGGUAACAGAAUUCUGUGUUUAAAAGCUUUUAAGUUUUCAUGGAUAACAAGGUGUGCAAUAAAGUGCAACCAGUAGUUAGAAAAGCAAAAAAGAAGCAGGUGAAAGAUGAGCUGGAUCGUAUUAAACAGGCUGAGAAGAAAAAGAGGCGCUUGGAGAAAGCCCUGGCUACAUCCGCUGCCAUUUGCUCCGAACUAGGAAAAAAGAAACAGAAAAAGAAGGAAGAGCAGCAGAGGCUCGAUGAGGAAGGUGCUGCGAUUGCUGAGGCUGUCGCUUUGCAUGUCCUACUUGGUGAAGACUCCGAUGAUUCGUGUAAGGUUAUGCUACGCAAGGAAGAGGGUUUCAACUGUUGGGAUUAUGCCAGCAACAUUGGUCUAUUUAUGGGUGGAGGGGAACCUUGCCAUCCCCAUCGGGUUCACACAAACUGUGAAGGUUGGGUCACUGAUGCGUAUAGAGCUGGAAACGGAUGGGCUGAGUUCGGAAACAGUGUUUGGUCCUUCUCAUAUGGAGACCAUGGAAGGGAUCUUGCUGCACCAUAUUUUCAGGAUGGAGGCUGGGGAAGUGCAGGACUUUCAGCUGGUCUUAUUGCAGCGCAGGCUGUUUCGGCACUCCAGAUUACAGAGACUGCAGAGGUGGACACAGGUGUCCUCAACGGGAUGUUGAGGGGCUAGACAAGUCCUUUGUUGCUAUUUUGAAUCUUUGCGCGUUAGUCUAUAAUAAUGGCAAUGUAUAUUUCUUUGAUGACUCUGCCACUCUGCCAGUCGGUUGUUCUUGUUGCCUUUUCAGUAUUGAACCUUGUUGCAAUAUCCUGGUGUUUACCUCUUCAUUUCUUGAUAGUGUUUUCCCCAACAUGAAUGAUUUUGAAGAUACACAAGUAUUCA